UUAAAAACAAUAAAUGAAUAAAAUAAAAAGGAAUUAAAUUCCACACCACAAACUUCGACUUCCAUUUCCAUAAACAUUCCGUUUCAGCUUCAAUCGAAGACGACGAACUUACAAACAACAAGACGACGACGAAGAAGAAGAAGAAGAAGAAGAAGAAGCACAAUCACAAUUACACACACCUUACAUUCUCAAUCUCACUGUUAAAACUCGCCGGGGAAAAAAAAAAAGUUAUGUCUCGGCCUUCGUCAGCGUCUGCAAUCAGACCUGAAGAUUACGCUCACAGUCCAGUUCACUACGCCGUCGUUUUAGGAGAUCACGGCGCGCUCACUCGUCUUCUCUCCUCGUUGCCGAAGCUAGGAGAUCCAGAGCAGAUCCGAACAGAAUCCGACUCACUGAGUCAAGAACGAGUCGCUGAUCAGAUCUCCGCCUUGCUCGACCGCCGCGACGUUCCUUCACGCGAGACGCCGCUCCAUCUAGCGGUUAGACUCGACGACAUCUUCGCGGCGAGGGCGAUUUCUUCAGCCGGAGGAGAUAUCUCGCUGCAGAACGCUUCCGGAUGGAAUCCGCUACAGGAAGCGUUUUGUCGCCGGAAUUCUGAGGUUAUGAAAGUGCUUUUGCGGCAUCACCACCGUUUAGCUUGGUGUAAAUGGCGGCGGAGGUUGCCUCGUUUGAUCGCUGUUCUCCGCCGUAUGAGAGAUUUCUACAUGGAGAUCUCUUUCCACUUCGAGAGCUCCGUGAUUCCGUUCGUCGGAAAAAUCGCUCCCUCCGAUACUUACAAGAUCUGGAAACGCGACGGUAACCUCCGCGCUGAUACUACUUUAGCCGGAUUUGACGGUUUGAAAAUUCAGAGAAGACGACACAGUAGCUUUGUUAAAGAAGAUAGAGAUUGGAUCUCCGUCGGGAGAAAAAGCGUCGACGUUUAUCCAUCCGCCGCGCCGCCACGACCACCCCCGCCGUCGCAGCAAUCUCAAUUGCAACCACCGAGGAGGUCAAUGGCUCAAAUCCAGCCACCGAGAAGAUCAGUGGCUGUACCUUCAACUGUGUCUCCGGUGAAUCCUCCGCCGUCUCCUCAGAUCAAAGAGAAGGAGUUCGUGAAAAGCUUGCAUCCGUCAGUUUGGUUAACGGAACAGUUUCCGUUAAAAACGGAGGAGCUGCUUCCGUUACUUGACAUUUUAGCUAAUAAAGUUAAAGCCGUCGCCAGAAUGCGUGAUCUUCUCACCACCAAGUUUCCGCCGGGAACUUUCCCAGUCAAGCUGUCGAUUCCGGUGGUCCCUACGGUCAAAGUAGUCAUCACAUUCACCAAGUUCGUCGAGCUUCCGCCGGCGGAGACAUUCUACACCCCGCUCUCUAGCCCAAGGUUUCUUAACUCAGCCAACUCCACUGCAGGUGAAGAAGACCAAUCCGAUGAUGAGAAACCGGACGCUCGGAAUUCAAUCUCACGGCCAUCGACGUGGCUGAGACUAGCAAGUGGGAAAGGCUCACAGCGAAGGAUAGAGGAAGAGGAGCAGCAAAUGCCCGACCCGUUCGCUAUACCAAUUGGGUAUAAAUGGACCAGCAUGAGUAGUCGUAAUAAUAACAAGUCAGGUAAUAAUAAUAGUAAAAUGAAGAAAUCAAAGUCUACUAAGAGAUCAAAGUAGUUUACUUUACUACUACAUUUUGAGGAAUCGAAAGAUAUAAAAAUCUAGUGUUCAUUUUUCUUUUUUUCGUUGUAGAUAAUCUGAUAUUUUUAGUGAUAUAGUGAAACUGGUUGUAGUAUUUUUUUUUUUUUUUUUUUUUUACUAUACAUUUGAAAUUCUUUUGAUAUGAUCAAAUCAAAUGCUGUCGUUUUUACUCUUU